CUCGACAGUUGCAAUUUGUGCGUCGCGGCGACUUGAACAACGCGUCUGGUCAUUGUUUUCACUUUUUUGUUUGUUGAUAGUGUAGGCUAUUUAUUGAGUUUGUGCAAUCAAUUCGCAGCGUAAUUAAAUGACAACUUGUUAAACACACACACACACAAGUUUAUAUCUCGGAUCUUCCCCCAUGCUGAGCGCGCGAAAAAUUAUCAAUUAAAAUCAAUUUAAUCGGACGCCGCGACGAAAAAUGCCCGCAAGGAAAAAUCAGAGGCGCCACCAUCACCAUCACCACAAGCAGCACAGCCAGAGCAACAACCACAGCAACAAGCAACAGCAGCAGCAACAAACCGAACCAACUCCUGCUUAUCGCGUCGAGAAAUCCGAAAUCUAUGGCAGGUACUUGGUGGCGAACCGAGAGCUCGCCGCUGGCGAACUGCUCAUCGAGGAGCAACCGCUCGCGAUUGGACCCUGCGUGAGCUGUGACCCCGUCUGCCUGGGCUGCUAUCAGCCGGUGCAGCUUGAGGCGCAACAGUAUCGCUGUCCCGCCUGCAGCUGGCCGCUGUGCGGCGCCGAGUGUCGUGGCCUCAAUCAGAGUACCGGACACAGCGCCUGGGAGUGCGAGGCAUUGGCGAAGAGGCCACAGCACCGACCGGUGGAAAGUGCAACGCCCGAUGAGCUGCGGGAUCUGUACGAACUGGUGCUGAUUGUGCGCAUUGUGCUGCUGCGCGGAGUGCAGCCGGAACAGUAUGCGCUCAUCCGGCGCAUGGAGUCCCAUACGGAGGAGAGGCGCUUGAAUGUGUCGCUGUGGGAGCACUAUGAGGCGAAGGUGGUGCGGAGACUGCGGGAGGAGUGGCAGCUGUUGGAUAUGGAGGCGGAGGAGCUGCACGAGAUCUGUGGCAUACUCGAUGUCAACUGCUUUGAGAUCGGACAGAGGGGCGCCAAGGCGCGUACGCUAUAUCCGAGCGCAUUCCUGCUCGCACACGACUGCAGUCCGAACACAUCGCACACGGACGAUCCGGGCAACUUUGCGAUACUGUUGCGCACCUCGCGUGCGGUGCGGGAGCAGGAACCGCUCACGCUCAGCUAUGCGUAUACGCUGCAGGGCACCUUGAAGCGUCGCACCUUCAUCCAGGGCGGCAAGCUGUUCUGGUGCCAGUGCCAGCGCUGCGCCGAUCCCCGCGAGCUGGGCAGCGACUGCAGCGCCCUCGUCUGCAAGCUCUGUUCGCAGGGCAGCGUGAGAGCCACAGAUCCACUGGACCAGACCGCCGACUGGGCCUGUGAUCACUGCGAUUAUCGGAUCAGUGCGUCGGAUCUGGAGCGGCUCCUUGAUCGCAUCAACGACGAUCUCGAAUCCAUCGACGUGCACAACAUUCCCGCUCUGGAGAACUUUCUCACCCGGUACCGCGAAGUGCUGCGUCCCAAUCACUAUCUGCUGCUCUCGGCCAAGUAUUCGCUGUGUCAGAUCUAUGGCCGCAUUGAGGGUUAUCUGCUCCCUCAGAUGUCGCCCGAGGAUGUGGCACGCAAGGAACGUUACUGUCGCGAGUUCCUGCACAUCAUCAAUCUGCUUGAACCGGGUCUAACACGACUGCGAGGCCUCAUCAUGUAUGAGCUGCAUGCUCCGAUCAUGGUGCUGGCACAGCUGGGCAUGCAAACGGGUCAGCUGACACGUCCGGAGUUCCAGCGACGCAUCAAGGAGGUCCUCAAGUUGCUCGAGGAGAGCGCACAGAUCCUGCAACUGGAGCCGCCCGGUUCCAGUGAACAUGAAAUGGGACUCGCCGCUGCCGAUGCGCUCAGUAAAAUGCGCGGAUAAUUCAAUUUUGUAAAUAGCUUUCUUUUUUUCUGUAUUGUAAUCCUCAUAAGCAUCUAGUCAACGAAACCAAGCAAAGCGAAUAUUUAACUCUUUGAAACUGGCAAAUAAGCGUUUAACAAUGUAUAUCUAAUAUGUAUAUAU